AUGGGAAACUUUCCUUCAACGUCAUCAAAUGUUCCAUAUUUCUGGUCAAAACUUGAAUUUUCACUACUCUUGUUUGGUAUCAUUGUUUCAAUUCCUUGUUAUCUAUUCGUGUUUUAUCAUCUUCUAACUGAAAAAAAUAGACAAAAAACUCUUCACAAUCAUGUUAUGAUCAUAUUGUUAUUCUACAAUUUUCUUAUUGUUACACUUGAUCUAACGAUGACAUUGGAUUUUAAUCGUCUUGGAUAUGUAUCACUUUUCAACCCUGUUCUUUGUCGUAUUUGGCAGUUUAUUGAUCAUGGAAUAUGGUAUGGAGCUGUUUCAGUAAUGUUUUGGGCAUCAUUUGAACGACAUAUUCUUAUAUUUCAUCCAAGAUUAGUUGCAACUCCACGUAGGCGUUUAUUUAUUCAUUAUAUUCCAUUAGCAUUUUUCUCACUUUAUACGCCAAUGUUGUUCUUUUAUCUGAUUUUUCUGUAUUCAUGUGGUCAGACUUUUGCUGCUACAGAAGUUCGUUGUGGUAUAAUAUGUCUCUAUACUGAUGCUCUCAAUUCGCUUCAAUUAUAUGAUUCAUACGUCGAUAAUGUGUUACCAGUAUUGUUAAUCGGUGUUUGUAGUAUUACACUUUUAUUUCGAUUUAUAAGACAAAGACAACGAAUGAAACAAGCCGUGACAUGGCGUCAUUGUCGAAAAAUGACUCUUCAACUUGUAUUAGUAUCUGCAGCCUACAGUAUAUGUGAUCUUCCUUCUAUAGUCGUUUCUAUUAUUCACUUGUCUGGUUAUCCAAAUUUUGCGAAUUAUAUUUGGUCGCCAUAUUUAACACGUCUAACGUUUGUUCCUUCUAUUAUUGUUCCAUUUGCUAUUUCACUUACAUUGCCUGAACUAAAACAGAAACUUUGGGCGUUGUGUAUUUGGAAACGUAAUCGGCGAGUUAUUGCUCCAAGAGCUAUAAUAAACUAA